AUGGCAAGGAAGAAGAAGCGUGCCAACAGAAAAAUUACAAAAGAGAAGCCUUCUGUUGUGGAUAGUAAUGAACAAGCAUUCUUGAACUUUGUUGACCAAAAUGCCAAGCAAAAUUCUGAAUGUAAUGAAGUCGUUGACCAAAAUGCUGGACAAAAUUCUAGGUUUGAUGAAUUUAGUGUUGGUAAGUUCAUUGAAAUUGAUUCCGGUUCAGAGUCUAGCUCAUCGGCAGCAUCUUCGAGCGGUAAUGAUGGAUCAUUCCAUGUUGAUAGUGGUGAUGAACCAGCAUUUGAUGGGGAAGUGCAAAAAUCAGUUAAAAAGCGCGGCCGACCUCCGAAGAAAGGGAAAGCGUUAAACAAAGCUGUGGGUGUGCAGGAUAAGUCAUCAAAGGUGUUGCGUUCUUCGAGUAGGAAAGGAAAACACACAGACAUGCCACCACAGGGUCCUACAUAUAACAAGGAAGAAUUGAAAUCUUGCUUUGCAACUCUGGGCAAUGUGUCAAAACUUAUUGUUCUUUUGGUCUCUAUUGUUGGUUUUGUCUUCAAGGUGAUUAAGAAGAUAUUGGAAAUGAAUGAGGCCAAGUCUUUCAAUUCUCCUGUGGAUCCUGUUUCUCUGGGAAUACAUGUAACUGGCGGGCUGGGGUACUGCUUGUGGCUCCAAUUUCAUGCGGAAGUGCGAGUGCUGGACGUGGUAGCACUGCAUUGUGGGUACAGUGUAUGUGUCCAGGAUUACUUUGAUGUCGUUGAUACACCAAUGGAUUUUGGAACCAUAUUUACAAAUCUUCAAAAUGGUGUCAAGUACCUAAAUGCUGAGGAUGUAUACAAGGAUGUUCAAUACAUUUGGCAGAAUUGUCUCAAGUAUAACAAGAAGGGUGACUAUAUCGUGUACCUUAUGAAAAGAGUGAAGAAGAAGUUUAUGAAAUACUGGAUGGCAGCUGGCCUGAAAAAUGAAAUACUGAUGAAAACUAGUGGUACGAGUUUUAAGGUCCUCCAUUGUUCUAUAUUGCUUCUUGUGAUUUUCAUCACUUUGCUUAAUGUGGCUAGUGCACCUUUCAUAGCAGUCCCUACUGCCUAUAAUGGAUAA